UUUUGCAGCGCCAUCUAACAGUGUUGGGCAUCUUUGUUUUGAUUGUGGUUGUGGUGUUUAAUUUUUCAGAAACACUGGCGAAUUUUCGUGGAAAAUAAUGUACACCCCCAAAAGAAAUAAACCAUCCUCAAAUAGUGAUAGUGAAACAGUAGUGACCCCGAGUAAUAAAAUUUUAAAAGCGUCGAGUUAUAAUAACGGAGACAAAGCGUUCGAAAAUGGUAGCCCAAGCUUAGGUGAAAAGACUGUUAUUUCCCCAGGCGAAGCCCGUAGAGGAAGACCAAGGGCUGAUCUGUUAAAUUCGUUAAUUUUAGAAGGCGCUACUUCCCCAAGUUCCAUAAAAUGUACAUAUUGCAAUAGAGUUUUCCCAAGAGAAAAGUCACUUCAAGCUCAUUUAAGAACCCAUACAGGGGAAAAGCCUUAUGCAUGUGAUUAUCCCCGUUGUACUCGUAAGUUUGCCCAAUCAGGUCAGUUAAAGACCCAUCAGAGACUUCAUACAGGAGAAAAACCUUUCAUUUGUGCUGCUCCAAAUUGUACUAAAAAGUUCACACAUUCUAACCGGCAUUGUCCAGAUCAUCCCGAAUAUACCUUAAAGAGAUUCAUUACUAAACCAAAACUUACACUUGACAAAACUUACGAUGAAACACAUAGUGCUGAAGUAAGACAAUGGCUACAAAAUUAUGAUAGGAAAAAUAAGAAUUUCUUAAAAUCCAAUGAGAAUCUAGAUACAACCCCCAAAAAAUCAAUUGUGUUCAAGAAUGAAGAUUCAGUAUUUAGCAGUGGCAGUUCUGCAUAUUAUUCAGGCUGUUCACAGACAGGUCUGGAUGACAUGGAAAAUUCACCUAAAUCCGAAUUGGAAGAUCUAGAAACAUCAACUUGUAGUAAUUCAGGAGGAUCAGAAAAUGAGAUGUGUGCAGAAUCGCCUCAAACUAAGCCGUCUGAGUUGCCAAAGAAACGGUGGUUGCGUGAAGCUACACAAGAUCAAAGAUUGUGGGAUUCUUCCACAGAUUUGGCUUCUCCACUAAAUUGGGGCGACGAUUCAUGUAAUGAUGGUGAAGAAAACAAGAUGUCAGAUGUAAAUGACACAGAAAAUAAAAAUCAGCAACAACGCCCCUCUGUACUAGUUUGUGUUCAGGGUGGAAAAAGCAAAGAAAUUUCAAGCGAUGAAAUUCAAGGAGCCAUGGCCUUGGUGGAAUUGAAAAAUGGACUAAACUAUAGCUAUAGGAUAUAACAUUAAUGUAUCAUUGUGUACUCUUCGUCAGGUAGUUUUGUAAAGGAAGUAUUUGUUGUAGUCCCCGUUUUAGUUACUGAUUUUGGAAAAUGAUUUCAAUUGUAUAGUAUUUUCAGGGACGUUUAGUGCGAUAUUUGCAGGUUCACCUAUAGGACAUAGGAGGUAGUAAGAAAGUUCAUAAAAAAAUAGCUACAUUGCGUUUUAAUUGUCUGUUGUUUAUUUUUAUUUCACUUUGUGGCGUAUCAGGUAAAACCUUACAAGACAAUUACUUAUAGUAUUCAUACCAUACAUUUAAAAGUUUUUUACUACCUCCAAUAGGUAAGCAUGCCGGUAUGGUACUAAAUAAGUCUGAAAACUCGGUACAUUUAAAAUAUAGGCAUAUGUACUUAGGAUAUAUUUGAGAUAAAGACUUCUACUAUCAUCCUCAAACAUUUUCAUUUUAUGCUUUGUAUUUGUUUACAUAAUUGUCAGUAUGCAUCUUUGUCUGGGUGCAUGCUGCUUUUUUAUUGUUAGAAUUCAGGUGUCAUUUUCCAAAAUUCAAUAUUGGUGCUUUCCCUAUGUUUCAGAUUUAAUUGUAUUCAAAAAAUGUUUUGCUCCGAUUGGGCUUAGUUUAGAAUAUAUUUAUACAAGAUGUACCAUAAAGUGUUCUCAUCAUUUUUUUUUCGAUAUUUCAUCACCUAACAAAGACCAUUUUUGGACACUGAAGUAAUUCUGCAUAUUUUUUUCAUUUCAUUACUCAAAAUUAAAUUUAAAAAAUCCCCUUAUUUUUUGGCACAUCUUGUAUAAGCACCUAAAAUGUAAAAUUGAAAGCUUUGUGAUAAAAGUAUUUAUUUUGUCAUGUUAUUUUUGUUAUGACUUCGAAAGAUUUUAACAGAGUUUUUUAUGUGUGACAGGCUUGCUGUUUAUUUCUAAUUUGUAGUGUCUAUUAAACUGGUAAUUGGAACACUAUUUUAACAUUUAAAGGGUAUUUUUAAAGCAUUAUAUAGUUUAGUAUUUUAUUAAUUACCAGUAUGCCUUAUGGUUAAAUUUACAGUUUGUAACUUUAAGAUAUUAUAUGCCUGAAAUAUUAUAAUUUUUUAACUUAAAUUAUUUUUACUGAUUGUGCUACUAAAAUGGUACCGAAUGCGAUUUAGUUAAGACUUCUUAAAUUUAACCUAAGGUGAGGAAUCCUGAUUUGUUUACAGUGUUUAAGCUCGACAGUGUAGAUGUAAUACUAAUUUUUAUUUAUUUUAAAUGUUAAAUAAUAAUUUUUUGAAUAUAACUUGUUCAACUAA